AUAACAAACAGAGCUGCUCUGUUCUGCUUAAGAGGACACCCCACCGUGCACCAUCACCUCCAACUGCAACUGAUCGCGCAAGAGGACACCCACCAGCAGUGUAGUGACCAUGGCCCCCGCCGAGAGAUCGUGCACGCUCGGCCGCUUCGCCGCUGACGAGGCGGCCCCGCAGGAGACCCUCCAUGUCGUGCGGCUGCAGCGGCUCCGCCUUCGCCGCGCCGCGGAGGGAUGCCUCGACCCCAUCCCCGAGGAGGACGACUACGCUGGCAGCAGCAGCGGCGGCGGCGGCGAAGACGACGGCGACGUCCCCGCCGGCUCGCCCAGCGCCCACGGCAGCAGCAGCAGCGCCACCGUCGACCUUGCCCAGUGUCGUCGUCAAUAGGCUGGAUCAAUUAGACAAAGUGUUUAGUACUACCAGCAGAGUCGACCUCCUCUGUAGCCCGCUGUGGUAUGUUAUGUACCACGGUGCAGUUCAUGCGUGCGUGCUGUAAUUAGUCCAUCCAUGCUUGCGAGCUGCUUAACUUGAUGCCGAACAAUCGCGAGAACUGCCUCAACAACUGUGCGAAUUUGCUGACUGCCAUACCAGCGGACACUGAAAAUCUCAUUCUUGCCCUUUGCUCUGCUCUCAAUCUGAAGAAAACUCUGCUUGCACACGUUCUCGACAUGAGCUGCUGGUCGCCCUCCUGGUUAGUGCUAAUUUCUUCUGCAGCAAAUGGAGUACUUGGUUGUAUUAUGGAUUUUCCACCUCAGUGGCAGCAAUAGAUUGAUGAUAGCGCAGUGUUUGUGUUCCGAGUUAAGCUAAGCAAUUCAAACACCACCACCAGCAUGUCUGCUGCACUGUUAAGUUUUGCUAUCCACAGUAUGCUGUGCAAAUCUGAGCUUCUGUCCCUCUUCAUAUUUGAUUGGUGUAUUUUCUGCCGGGAGGGAGAUACUAGCAAACAAAGAACCGUUUUAACUGAUUGUUGUUCUGUAUUUUACUUUCUCUUCUAUAAACAUUUUCUGUGACUGAAGUUACAUGGAUGAGGACAAAGCAGGAAAUCCAAAGGAACUGAAACUUGUUACCUGCGCUUCGGCAGAAAAGCUAUAUGUAUCCAUUUAUUAUGCAGCAAUGCAAAUAUGUAUGUAGAUUUUCUUCAGUGUGACCUAUCGGCUACGGGAAGGAUCUGCGUUGUCAGAAGGGAGGAUUAUUGUUCAGACAAUGGAGAUAAUCAGAUCUCAGGGGUGUGAGUACUAGCAGAAUUUGUGAUGAACAGAGAUAAUCCACCAGAGGUCCUGGCAAUCCUUCAGUAAGGAUGUGGUUCUUCUUUUUCUUUCUUUUUUUCCUUUUUGGUGAAUUAACCAUUCUGUGUGUUUGGCAAAAAAACAGGAGGUGUCAUUCUGUGCUUAUAUGCUAGCAUUGUUCGAUUGAACGCAACAUUUAUAUUUCUGUUUCAUCUCUUACUGUGCAUUAAUACAUGUGCCCAUGUCGGUCGUUCACUUGGUCUCAUGAUAGAUUCUUGUAUUGGCACUAGUAUAUGAUAGAUUCUUCUACUGAUAUUCUUCAGGCACGUCACUAUUUCCUUAUUCGUUUAUAAUCGAGGAUUGAUGUCAUGUGUGAGCUAUUUAAGUAGGCUUUACUGUUUAUAUUCUCAACUGGCAAUUGUAAUUCUGUCAUACAUGCAAG